CUUAAGCAAACUGGGCAGGGCUAACCGCAGCAGCUUAAUUCUGUUGCUACCUGUCAGACCUGUCUUUUUUCCUCUUCAUAUAGAAACAUGUUUGUAUCAAUAUUUCUGCUAUGGCUUUUUGUUUGGUUCGUCAUCAUCCUGUUCAAAUCUCAGAGGCCAAAGAAAUUCCCACCAGGACCCCCCAUCUUGCCUGUCCUGGGGAACCUUUUGAACCUGAGCCUGGACAACCCACUGAAGGACUUUGACAGGCUGAGCAAAUCGUAUGGAAACAUCUACAGUAUUUACAUCGGUCCGAGACCAGCUGUGAUUCUGAACGGGCUGAAGGCCAUGAAAGAAGCCAUGGUGAUCAAGGGUGCGGAUUUUUCUGGACGACCCCAAGACUUGUUUGUCAACGAUGUUUCCUGUAGGAAUGGUGGUGUUGGAGUGAUUCUGGCAGAUUAUGGCCCAAGCUGGCGAGAGCAUCGCCGCUUCGCUCUGAUGACUUUAAGGAAUUUCGGUCUGGGAAAGAAAUCAAUGGAGGACAGAAUUCAUGAUGAGAUUCAACACACUAUUAAAACACUGGAGGGCAGCAUCGGUAAAACUCUGAGUCCUCGGGUCAUGUUCCAUAACGCCGCUUCCAACAUCAUCUGCCAGGUUCUGUUCGGAAAGCGCUAUGAGUACGACGAUGACAUGAUCAAAACGAUUGUUCAGUGCUUCACUGAAAAUGCCAAGAUAGCCAAUGGACCCUGGGCCAUGAUAUAUGAUUCUAUCCCCAUUUGCCGUAGCCUCCCGCUGCCAUUCAGAAAGGCCUUUAAGAAUGCAGAGAUUUGCCAGAACUAUAUUAACUGCUUGGUCACUGAGUACAAGAAGACCAGAGUUCCUGGGGAUCCUCGGCACUUUGUUGACUGUUACCUGGAUGAACUGGAAAAGAGAAGCGAUGACGGUUCCUCCUUUUCAGAAGCUCAGCUCAUGAUUUACAGCCUGGAUCUUCACUUUGCUGGGACUGACACGACGUCCAACACCCUGCUGACAGGAUUUCUCUACCUGAUGAACUACCCUCAUGUCCAAGAACGAUGUCAGCAAGAGAUUGACCAGGUUCUGGAGGGAAAGGACCGGGUCUGUUUUGAGGACAGAAACAGCAUGCCUUACGUCCAGGCUGUGAUCCAUGAGAUCCACAGGAUUGCAAACACAGUUCCUCUCAGUGUCUUCCACUGCACCACUAAGGACACAGAGCUCAUGGGAUACUCCAUUCCCAAGGGUACAAUGAUCAUCCAGAACCUGACCUCAGUCCUGAGAGAAGAGGGACAGUGGAAAUUCCCUCAUGAGUUCAAGCCUGAAAACUUCCUGAAUGAACAGGGAGAGUUUGUCAAACCUGAGGCCUUCAUGCCUUUCUCUGCAGGUCCUCGGAUGUGUAUGGGAGAGGGUCUGGCCCGCAUGGAGCUCUUCCUCAUCACUGUGACUCUGCUAAGGAAGUUUAAGUUCAUCUGGCCAGAGGAUGCAGGAGAACCAGACUUCACUCCAGUCUAUGGAGUCACUCUAACGCCAAAACCUUACUACAUGAAGGUCCAACUGAGGUCCAAACAGUAUACAGACUUUCAUAAUAAGCUAAGCAGGUCAUCUCUUCAGUUUGAUCCAAAACAAGCCAACAUGAUUUCAGUAUUUCUGCUGGUGCUCUGUGUUGUCUUCCUUCUUUUACAACUCAAACCUCAGAGACCCAAGAACUUCCCACCCGGACCCCCCAGUCUGCCUGUACUGGGGAACCUUUGGAACCUGAACAUGAAGAACCCCUUAAAAGACUUUGAAAGGCUGAGGCAGUCGUAUGGAAACAUCUACAGUCUGUUCUUGGGUCUGAAACCAGCUGUGGUCAUCAGUGAGUUUAAGGCCAUGAAGGAGGCAAUGGUGAUCAAAGCUGCUGAUUUUGCUGGUCGACCCCAAAACAUCUUAAUUACUAACCUCACCAAUAACAAAGGUGUGAUUUUGGUUGAUUAUGGCUCGCUGUGGAGGGACCAUCGACGCUUUGCUCUCAUGACUCUGAGGAAUUUUGGUUUGGGAAAGAAGUCAAUGGAGGAAAGAAUCCAUGAAGAGAUUCAGCACAUAAUUAAACCUCUAGAUGACAACAUCGGUAAAACUUUGAGUCCUCAGUUCCUGUUUCAUAAUGCCGCCUCCAACAUCAUCUGUAAGGUUCUGUUUGGAACGCGUUACGAGUACGAAGAUGAGACGAUCAAAAUUAUUGUCAGGUGCUUCACUGAGAUUAUCAAAAUAGCCAAUGGACCAUGGGCGAUGAUCUAUGACUCAUUUCCUUUGAUCCGUCCCCUCCGGUUGCCCUACAACAAAACCUUUCAGAACAUGGAGAUUUUUCUGAACAUUGCACGACGUUUGGUGAAUGAACACAAGAAGAGCAGAGUCCCUGGAGAGCCGCGAGAUUUUGUCGACUGCUAUCUGGACGAAGUGGAUAAGAGAGGUGAUGAUGCCACUUUUUCUGAGGAACAACUGACAAGAAUGACUUUUGACCUCUAUGCUGCUGGGACGGACACCACCUCCAACACCCUGCUGAGCGGGUUUCUUUACCUCAUGACUUACCCUCACAUUCAAGAGCGAUGUCAGCAGGAGAUAGACCGGGUGCUGCAGGGACAUGAUAAGGUCUCUUUUGAGGACAGGCACAACAUGCCUUACAUGCAGGCUGUGAUCCAUGAAAUCCAGCGGAUUGCCAACAUAGUUCCUCUCAGUGUCUUCCACUGCACCACUAAGGACACAGAGCUCAUGGGAUACUCCAUUCCUCAGGGUACAAUGAUCAUCCAGAACCUGACCUCAGUGUUGAGAGAAGAGGGACAGUGGAAAUUCCCUCAUGAGUUCAACCCUGAAAACUUCCUGAAUGAACAGGGAGAGUUUAUCAAACCUGAGGCCUUCAUGCCUUUCUCUGCAGGUUCUCGAGUUUGUCUUGGAGAGAGUCUGGCCCGCAUGGAGCUCUUUCUCAUCACGGUGACUCCGCUGAGGAAGUUUAAGUUCGUCUGGCCGGAGGAUGCAGGAGAACCGGACUUCACACCAGUCUUUGGAGCAACUUUGACUCCCAAACCUUAUUUUAUGAAGAUCCAGCUGAGAGAAAAUCAGUGAGGUUUUCAAAGGACUCAAUGAUAAAUCAAUACCAGUUUUGUUUGUACAUUCAGACUGUUUAACUUCUGCUUGACAGUUGUUCCAUAAUCAGCUGGUUUGAAAACUGAUCAUUGAGCAAAUCAAUAAACAGAUUAAAUUAAACUCUUCUUUAUUAUUAAAACUGUAUAGUUUCUAUAACCGAGUAAAACACAUCAGUCAUUAAUUACAUUCCUACAAAUAAAAGAUAUGAGUAAUUUUAUUAAAUUAUGUAUAUUUCAUUUUAGAAUCUUAUUGUGUGAAUGGGAUUGUAUUGUUUCAAAUAAACCUUUGACGUACGAUGGCACCAUCUGGUGGUCAGAAAUGGUAA